UGGGGCUGGGAGUGCGCUAGCAUGGCAACGGGCAUUAUAUCUAUUGCGUUGGCAGUAGCGGUUCUAUGCGAGGUAAACAAAAAACCUAUUGAGGACUGGAAGCUUCCCAUACAGCCUAAUGCUCUGGUAUCCGUAUUCUCCACCGUCGCAAAAUCAGCCAUGCUCGUGCCCAUAACCUCAGGACUUGGCCAACUCAAAUGGAUCCACUUCGACAGUUCCACGGCUCGUUAUGUCCAGCAUUUGGAUGUGUUUGACGAAGCAAGCAGAGGCCCAUGGGGCUCACUGAUGAUACUA